AUGAGAGGAAUUGGUGUAAUAUUCUCCUCCAAUCGAUCAAAUGUGAAGCUGCUGGCAUUUCCAUCUAUCUAUCUAUCUAUCUAUCUAUCUAUCUAUCUAUCUAUCUAUCUAUCUAUCUCAGUCUGUUCCUAUCUAUCUAUCUAUCUAUCUAUCUAUCUAUCACACUCAAUUCACUCUUUUCAUUUCUACUACCCUGCCUGUCUGCUUGACUAUCUAUCUAUCUAUCUAUCUAUCUAUCUAUCUAUCUAUCUAUCUAUCUAUCUAUCUCAGUUUGUUCAUAUCUAUCUAUUUAUCUAUCUAAGUCACUUCAUGUCUGUCUGCCUAUCUAUCUAUCUAUCUAUCUAUCUAUCUAUCUAUGUCAGAGUUUUCUUCGAUUUGACAUUUUUUUCUGGUUUUCUACCCUUUUUCUUUCUUUCUUUCUUUCUUUCUUUCUUUCUUUCCUUCAAAUUUGAUUUUACUAUUUCUCUCUUGGAAGAACCUUUCUCGACACUUUCCUCUCUUUCUUCCCCCCGCUCUCUUUUAAUUUCUGUCUGUUUUUAUACUUCAUUCUCCCUCCAUUAUUUUUUUUCAUUUUCAUUUUUUGUUUAUGAAAGAUUUUUUUCCUUCUUUCCCAUCAUCCAUUUUUUCUGUUCAUCUGCACUUUUUAUUUUUCGACAUUUUCGACUUCCUUCUUAUUUUUCUUCUUUUUCUUCUUUGUAUUAUUAUUAUUAUUAUUGA